AUGCAAGCUUUCUGUAGAUUGUUGCCUUCUGCUGCUAGACGCGGUGCCUGUUUUGCAAAUCAGGUCCGCCGUUUUGGAGUGGAGUUUACCUUCAAGCCUGCUGAGGGUGAAGAAGUUGAAGUAGAAUGUGAUGCGAAGGAGAACCUUCUUGAAGUCGCACAGAGCAACGAUGUUGAGAUUAAGAGUAGCUGUGGAGGUGGUGGCUCUUGUGGUGAGUGCAUCGUUGUGUUCCCUAAAGACAUCUUUGACAAGCUUCCUAAGCCUGGUGAAACUGAGACUGAACUUCUGAAGAAGAUGAACGCAGCUCCCACGGCUCGUCUCGCUUGUCAAGUGAAGACCUGUGAAUGCUUCGGAGGAAAGGUGAUUGAGGUGCCCCUUGUGGAAUAG